GGUAAGCCCAAAGAAAUCAUAUCUGACAAUGGAAGAAAUUUUGUCGCAGCUGCAAAGGAGCUGCAACACUUCUUCAAGCUUUAUUCAGACUCCUUUGUUGCCUUUGCAUCUGAUCAUGAUAUAAAGUUUUCAUUUACCCCGGCUUACGCUCCUAACUUUAACGGCUAUGUAGAAGCAGGCAUCAAGUCUGCAAAGUUCCAUAUAAAACGUAUAAUGGGCGACACACACCUCACCUUCGAAGAGCUGUCUACUCUAUUCGCCCAAAUAGAGGCAAUCCUCAAUAGUCGCCCUCUCACCCCUCUGUCACCCUCUCCUAACGACUACAAUGCGCUCACACCGGGACACUUUCUCCUUGGCAGGCCGCUCACAUCACUACCGGGCCCGUCGCUGCUUGAUGACAACAUGAAGAGGCUACACCGCUACAAUCUCCUGGAGCACCUCCGGCAACACUUCUGGAAGCGGUGGCAAGCUGAAUACGUGGCGGAACUUCAGCAACGAGUCAAAUGGCGUAUACGGCAGGCUGACCUCAAGACAGGAGACUUGGUAGUCUUGAAGGAGGACAACCUUCCACCUCUGAUGUGGCGUAUGGGCAGAGUCGAAGCGACAUACCCAGGGACAGACGGCGUGCCGAGGGUAGCGGACAUCCGCACUUCCAAGGGCGUAACCAGACGAGCCUUGAACAAAAUUUGCAUCCUUGUAGAAGAGUCUUGAAAGCAGGGCUUUCAAGGGCCCCAGGAUAUGUUCGCGCCGCAAUACGAGGAAC